AGGAAAAUUUGUAGUAUUUACAGUAGUUAAUUAUUUAGAUCCCUUUUUUGAUCUUAGAAGAAAUUAUCCAGGUGUAACUGAUUCAUAUUUACUUGGAGAUGCUUUUAAUGCAGCUACUGAUGAUACUAUGGCAGAAUAA